AUGGGAGGUUUAACUGUAGGCGGUCACUCGGUCACUGUAUAUUUAAACAGAUCAGAUCGAGUCAUGGAUGACCAUGAAGCAAAAAAUGACUCUAUAAACACUCUGGAUGAUAACUUCAAUUCUACAUCUAAUGCUUCUAUAAAUUCAUCUCCGAAUCUUAGUAAUAAAUUAAAAGAUGAAAAAUCGGUACCAAAAUUUUGGGUUGAUAAAUAUAAAAAGGAAGC